AUGAGGAAAUUGAAGCAGUUCAUAGCAGGGGAUGAGGAUGGCGACAGGGGAGAGAGCUUCUUGGAGGAAGAUUCAGAUGGGUCUUGUUCCCUCACUGCAACGCAGGAGAAUGUACGUUUUGCAGCUUGCCUUGCUGCUGGUCUGGCUUUCAUGUUCCUGUCAUUGAUUGUGUUUGUGAAACCCAUCAAGUUUGCCUUGUUGUUCACUUUCGGCAACAUAUUUGCUGUUGGAAGCACAGCCUUUCUCAUUGGAACUGGGCAGCAACUGACCAUGAUGUUUGACUCCACCCGUGUGUAUGCAACUUCCAUAUACCUUGGAUGCGUCGUAAUAUCACUUAUCUGCGCCCUUUUGAUCCACAACAAGAUUUUGACAUUGAUUGCUAUAGUAUGUGAAAUAUGUGCCCUGAUUUGGUACAGUUUGAGCUACAUUCCUUUCGCCCGAACGAUGCUGUCCAAUUUGAUGGUUCGUGUCUUUGACACAGAACUAUGACCAACCUGCAUUUCUCUCUCGCCAGGAGUUCCUUUGCUUCAUCAUUUUCAGAUGGUUUCUGACUUCACCUUGUGUUCCCCUCAUCAUUUGUAUAAAGACGAUGCAUUUGAUCUGAGUGCCUGGGAGAAGAAAUGCAGCACCAUGCCUCUUGCCAUUUGCUAUGUGCAAUGCAGUACUUUGUCUUUCUUUCUUUUGGACCCCUCCUCUACAUGAAUUGCUUUGCCGGGCACUGAAGAAACAGAUUUAGCAAUGUACCCUGUUAUCGAAUUGGGUUCUCGCCGAUUGGGCUGGGC